AUGGAAUCCUCAAACGUGGUGCCGGAGUUCAGUAUCGAUGAGCUGAUUGCGAUCGUAUCCAGGGUUGGGGAGUGUUCAAAGGAUCAGUUUUUCGUGCUCGAUCACACUGUUGAACGGUUUAGUACGAGUGUGGAUGGAUUUCUUGCGGAGCAUUACGCACUGCGAGUAAACGUACGUUGGACGAAUCAACCGCAAGAUGAGGCUGAUCACAAACUGUCGUUGUUUGUGAAAGCACUUCCACAAAACAAUCCGUGCUUGCUGGAAUAUCUUGGCAACAUCGGAACGUUCCGGAAGGAGAUCACAUUAUUCGAAGAGGUGUUGCCGCGAAUUCAUCAGGCGCUAAGUGGCAAAAAAUUCGCACCUAAGAUGUUUCACGCCAAGGGAAACAGGCUGAUCGUUAUGGAGAAUUUGAAGAUCAAAGGGUAUGACAUCGUAACCGAAAACAAUGGACUUCUGGAUGGUUUCCAACUACGAAAGGUAAUGGAUGCUUUGGCUAGUUUGCACGCCGGCUCGUUGAUCGUCGAAAAGAUUGAAGGAAAGAGCUUGACGGAUUUGUUCCCUGGUGUGUUAGAUGAAAACGCCUGGGUUGAAUGUGUGAACAGUAUCCGGAGAAAAGACGUUGAAAAUGUGAUUCAAUUUUGGGCUGAAGUGGUGAAACUCUCGGAGAAGAAUAUCAAACGGUUGAAUAUUAUUUCAAACGAUCUUCCCCAGGUAAUUCGAAGAAUUUACGAUUUUGUUAAACCCUCUUCACAGUUCCAGAAUGUGUUGUGUCAUGGUGAUUUGUGGAAUAACAAUCUGAUGUUCAGAUCACUAGUCGGCAUUCCAGAAGAUUGUAUUCUAGUGGAUUUUCAAAUGUCGAGAUAUGUACCACCUGCUUACGAUCUCAAUUUAUUGAUCAGUCUUUCAACGUCUCGAAUUUUCCGGAAGGAGCACUAUGAUGCACUGGUGAUGGAUUACUACACGAAAAUUCAGAAAUAUUUGGCUCCGCAUGAGAUUGUCAUCGGCUUGGAAGCUUUCAAGGAGUCAUGUGGAUUUUAUAAAACAGCUGGAUCGAUUCACGCCUGCCUGAUAAGCCCUGAAGUGUUAUUACCUCAAAGUUAUAUUCAAAAAGUGAUAGCAGAACCGGACGCCAGCUGUGGAUUUAUGCCGAAAUCGAAAGUGGCAAUCUGCUUGAAAGCUUUUCAAGAGGACCCCCCGUACCGUACCCGACUUUUGGAUAUGUUGGACGAGCUUAUCGAUACUGAAAUUCUACAACAAUAAAUAGUUUUUAAAACUGUC